ACCUUGGCUGAGGAUCCCGAGGUGGACCUAAGCUCCAAGUCACCAGCAGCGGAUCCCCACUUCGAUCCCCAGGCCCAGACUCCUUCGGUGGAGCCACACUUCAAGACGGAGUAUUGGAAAGCUGGACCCGAGGAGGUAAGUCGGUGGAUGGGGCUUUGGGAGUCUUCCCCUGGCGAGGAUUGCCUAGCUGCAGACGCCGCAAAGCAGAUGCGCCUACCCGACCGGAAUCCCUUCCUGGCGACGAACUUCGAUCUCUGCCCUGCUCCAGCACAACAGGAGCCAUCCGUGGACACCUGGCUUUCGGAGCACGGCGUGGAGAGUGAGUCCUCUCUGAGGAGUAUCCAUGGCAACUUCCCGAAGUUGCCGAGGCCGCCGCAGCGACCCGUGGCCGUAGGUGCCGGAACGUGGCACCUGCAGGAGACGAUGCUGCAAACACCCCGCAGCGAGGUCUGGCUGAAGCUCUCCGUGCCCUGGCCCUCCUUGAACCUGGCUGCGCAACAGGCGCGGCUGGCGCUGCUGGCUCGUGUGCUGUCGGACUCGCUCAACGAAGUUUCCUACUUGGCUGAGCAAGCGUCCCUGGACCUGCGUAUCCGGGACGAGCUCUACGGCUUGGACGUGCGGGUAGGAGGCUUUCACGAGAAGCUUCCACUCCUGCUCCACGCGGCUCUUGAAGAGCUCAAGCUCUUUGGAAGCCCAUCGGCCUGGCAAGAGAGGCUAGACAGCCCCCGGUUCCUUCGCCGCUGCAGCGCGCAGCGCGAGGAGCUUCUACGUAGCUUGAGGAAUGAGUACACGAAGCCCGGCGACCACUGCGCUGACUUGCGGCGGUCCAUGGUCAUGGCAUCUCGCACCUUGGCGACGGAGAGGGCCGACGCGCUGGAAGCUUUGCAGGUCACUGACCUUGCGGCUUUCGCACAGGAGCUCAUUCCACAGCUGGAUGUGGAGGUCUUGUUCAUCGGCAACGCGACCUCGGAGGACGCUCGUCAGCUGGUGGCGGCAUUCCCGGCCGAGCUGCGGCCCAAAGCGGAGGCUCCGGCGCACGUGCCGCACCCGCCUGCACGGGUCGUGCGGGUGCCGGUGGCAGAGCCUUUGGUCUGGGUCGCAGAUAGCCACGACACGGGGAACCGUAACGUGGCCGUGGAGAUGUACUGGCAGGUGGGACCCGUGGGUUCCAACGAAGCCAAGGACGCUGCCCAGGUCGAGCUCCUGGCAGAUCUCAUCGCCGAGCCCUUGUUCGACAGCCUCCGGACGAAGCAGCAGAUCGGUUACGUCGCCUCCUGCGGCGCGCGCUGGACGCACCGCGUGCAGGGCUUCUCUGUGUGGCUGAUGUCCUCCAAGUUCGGACCGGCUGAGAUCUGCCGCAGAGCUUUGAAGUUCCUCGCGGACUUCCAGAAGUCCCUGGAGGACAUGCCGGAGGAGGACUUCGCUCAACAUGUCUGCUCCUUGGCGGCCCAGAAGCUCGAGCCGGACCGGACGUUGAACAGCAUCCAGGCCGUCGCCUGGGCAGAGCUGCAAGAGAGGAACCACGUCUUCGACCGGUCCUGGCGUGAGGCUUUGGCCUUGGCCGCGCUCUCCCGCCGCGAGCUCCUGGACCUUCUUCGGGAGCUUCAGGGCUCCAAAAGGCUGGUCGUUGCGGCUGUGGUCGGUGGCCGUGCCAAGGGCUGUCCGGGCGGCGCCGCCGCGGAACGCCAG